AUGAGCUUCAACGCAAAGUGGAUGUUUGUUUUGAACAAGAAAUACGGUAUAUUGAAUUUUAUGUUUACGGUUGCGGUAGUUGCUACGAAUAUAUGUGCACUUCCGGUCGGGAGCAUUUUAGAUAUAUGUGGUCCACGAGCUACGGGGUCUAUUGGAAGCAUUAUCAUUGCUCUGGGAGCCUUAAUAUUUGCAUAUUCUGGCUCCUUUCCCUACGACAGAUAUCUAACAGGCUAUUCCUUGCUCUCAAUUGGCGGUCCAUUUAUCUUCAUAUCCUCAUUCCAUUUGUCAAAUACGUUUCCCAAAAAUUCGGGUCUUCUUCUAUCCAUGCUCAUGGGUGCGUUUGACUGUUCGAGUGGAAUUUUCCUCCAAUUUCGCUUGGUACAUGAGAAAGCCAAUGGAACCGUUACCAUAAAGUCGCUGUUCCUAAUAUACCUGUGCGUGCCGGGAUUCAUAUUGACCUGCCAAGUGCUUCUUAUGCCUUCCCAGUCUUAUAGCACUGCGAGGGAGUUGCUCCAGCAUGCUGAAGAGACUUUAGCCGAAGAUGAGUCUGCGCAGGAUUGCAGCUCCGAAGAAGCAUUCAGUCGAUACCGUGGCUUGGUCUCCAAAAUUAAUAGUCUUAUUGGUAAUAAAAGUGGAUUGACGGACGGCCCUACAUCUGCACUAGGCACCGAUCCUGCCUGGGGCGCCAUGCAUACAUCCUCAGCUUCUGAACAAAUGCGGUCUCCCUGGUUUGUUCUCAUCGCAUUUUUUACGGUUAUUCAAAUGCUCCGUUUAAACUACUUCAUAUCCACUAUCCGUCCUCAAUACGAAUAUCUCCUCUCCUCGGAACGCCAGGCACAAAUUCUCAAUGACUUCUUUGAUUUCUUCCUACCUAUCGGAGGUAUUGUUGCCAUUCCUUUUAUAGGCAUCAUUCUUGAUCAUUAUACAGUUCUAACCACCCUCACCCUCCUCGUAUGUGGGGCUACGCUCGUGGGAAUCCUGGGCUGCAUAUCACAUAGCUUUUCAGCUGCAUAUGCAAAUAUAAUUCUAUUUGUGCUCUAUAGGCCUUACUUUUACUCCGUGAUUUCAGAUUAUUCGGCUAAAAUAUUUGGAUUUCAGACAUUUGGAAAAGUAUAUGGACUUAUGAUUUGUCUUGCUGGAGUCGGGAAUUUUUUGCAAAGCCCGUUAGACAUAUUAACAAUGAAGAUAUUGAAAGGGAAUCCGCUACCGGUCAACAUUGGACUAACAAGCGUGGGGGCAGUUGCUGGAGGAUCACUGAUAGUUUUUACCCGGCAGCAGGUGAAAAAAAUACUUGGCCCAAGGGCGUCUGGACGCAGUAAGCGAAGUGGUGUUGGUGAUACGGAAAGGUUACUCCCUGGGUCUUUACGUGGACAAGAACGGGCAUAUGACUCUUUGGGACGAGAACAGAGAAGUCGUGAAUAA